AUGCAAUGGGUACAAUUUUAUCUCCUGUUGAUUAUUCAUCAAGUGGUGGCUGUUGAUGAGAAUUCACGGGUCGAUUGUUAUCCUGAACCAGGAGCUACACAAGCAGCUUGUGAGGCCAGAGGUUGCGUAUGGAAGGAAGCUUCACAGGAUAGUCCUAUAGGCAUUCCAUGGUGUUUUUACUCACAAGAGUUAGGAUAUAAGGUGGAUAUGCAUGGCAGUGAUUUCAUGCAGCUUUCUCCAGUGAAUCCGACAACCGCAUAUGGUGAAAACAUUUCUCCUCUAUAUCUUACAGUCAAGCCUAAUGGAGCAACUCUCCUGCUUAGCAUUGGUACCAGCGACAGAUAUGUCCCACCUAUACAUCUUCCCAAAAACCCCGGAAAAUCCGCGGACUCCUUGGUAUUUUCGGAUUCUGUAAUUGGAAAAGCUAAUGUUUUUGCCUUCCGAGUUGUGCGGAAAUCAACGGGCACCAAACUUUGGGACACCUCCAUUGGUGGAAUGCAGUUUGCGGACAAAUUCAUACAGAUUGCGACUUAUUUGCCGUCGAAGAAUCUGUUCGGCUUUGGUCAGCAUGUUCACAAGCGCUUGAAGCAUGAUCUAUCGCGCUAUAUCGUAUGGCCAAUGUUUGCUCGGGACAUCGCUCCAGAUUCUACAAGUCCACUAAGCACACAGAAUCUUUACGGAGUGCAUCCAUUUUACAUUUGUGUCGAAAAUGAUGGUCUAGCUCAUGGUGUAUUCAUCUUCAACUCUAAUGCACAGGAAAUAGUUACAGGACCAGCUCCUCACCUAAUUUAUCGUACUAUCGGUGGCCAACUGGACAUUGCAUUCUUUCCCGGUCCAACACCUGAAGAGGUGGUUCAGCAAUAUUUGGCGCAUAUAGGUACUCCAUUUCUACCAGCAUACUGGGCACUUGGCUACCAGCUUUCUCGAUGGAACUACAAAGAUCUGGACGAACUGAAGAAAGUCAUCGCUCGUACUCAGGCAGCACGGGUCCCUUUGGAUAUUGCAGUUGCCGAUAUUGACUAUAUGGAUCGCUAUAAAGAUUUUACAGUGGGAGCGGGAUGGUCUGAUUUUGCUGCAUAUGUAAAUGAGCUGCAUAAUAAAGAUCUUUACCUAGUCUUGAUUUUCGAUCCUGCUAUUCAAGCGGAUUAUGACAGUUUCCAGAGAGGAUUAGAUAAGAAUGUCUCAUUUAUCGAGUGGGCAAAACAAUCGCAGGUUCCAAUGAGUAUUCAGAAGCUGUACCCCAUGGCUGCUAAUACCAUGAUAAUGUUGGGUAACGUUUGGCCUGAUAGGAACACAGCCUUUCCCGAUUUUCUCGACCCUAACAAUCAAACGCAGGAUUGGUGGACUUUGGAAUCUCAAAUGUUCCAUGAUAAGAUUCCUUUUGAUGGGAUGUGGAUCGACAUGAAUGAGCCGUCUAACUUUGAUACGGAUACCUACCAGAACAGCUAUCUAAGGUUUGAUGAUGCUCCCAAACCUCAUCUCUCCUGUCCAAUAUCGGGCCCAGAUGCCGAACUCGACAAUCCGCCGUACAAGACUUAUGCUGUAUAUAAUCGACCAGCAGAUGAGCUAUGCACAAAAACGCUUUGCAUGUUGGCUAAGACUGCUCGAAGGACCAUGAAUUUUUUCGACACCAAAAAUCUCUAUGGAGCCAUGGAGUUCAACUGGUUCGGUCUACCUUAUGUUGGUUCGGAUAUUUGUGGUUUUAGUGGGAACACGACCGAAGAACUUUGCCUAAGAUGGCAUCAGAUGGGCGCAUUCCAUUCAUUUUGUCGAGAUCACAACGCAUACGAUGGCAUACCACAAGAUCCAGCUGUUUGGCCAUCGGUAGCUACAGCAGCGCGGAUUGCGCUCGGCUUCCGAUAUAAGUAUCUACCCUAUCUUUAUAGUCUCCAUUAUGCCGCAACUGCUGAAGGCCACACAGUAGUGCGACCAUUAUUCUUUGAAUUUCCACACGAUACGGUGACGAUGGAAGUGGACCAUCAAUUUAUGUGGGGCUCUGCUUUGAUGAUUGCCCCUGCUGUAGAUGAGGGUGUCACAGCCGUACAUGCGUAUUUUCCGGAUGAUGUGUGGUAUUCUUUAGUAACUGAAAGUUAUGCGGCUCGUAUGGAUGUCGGUUACAUAGACGUCGAAGCCCGUCUUGAUUCACUGACGCCCGUCUAUGCCCGAGGAGGCUACGUAAUUCCACGACAAGCCUCAAAUAUGACGACAACGCAGUCACGCCGUAAUCCUUUGGAACUGCUAAUCACUAUGGGUAGCAAUAUCACCUCUCAAGGUGAACUGUACUGGGACGCAGGUGAUGAUCUGUACGACACACUAGAAAGCCACAAAAGACACCACUGGUCCUUCAAAUUUGAGGUAAACAUGGAAAAUGCCCUUCUGACUGGAAUUUGCGACUCUUGCGACGCUACUGUUUCAAUACCACCACUGAACAUUAUCGAAGUGUUUGGCUACAACUACUAUCCC